UCCUGCCUAGGCUUCCUCUGCCCUCCUACAUCUGCAGCUUUCCUUUCCUUUUCAGAGGCGCUCUGGAAGGCAGGGUGUCUUAGGCAUGGGCCAGAGAUGCUGCUGUCACUGCUGGUGCUUCUGCCCCUGCUGUGGGGAGCCCUGACUCAAUCACCCAACAUCCAGAUCCCAGGAAUCCUGGAGUCUGGCCACCCCAGAAAUCUGACCUGCACUGUGCCCUGGGCCUGUGAGCAGGGGAUACCCCCCAUCUUCUCCUGGAACUCAGCCGCCCUCACCUCCUUGGGUCCCCGGGCCCACCUCUCCUCAGUGCUCACCCUCUCCCCAAGACCCCAGGACCAUGGCACCAGCCUCACCUGUCAGGUGACCUUCCCUGCAGUUGGUGUGACUGUGAAGAGGACCAUCCAGCUCAAUAUCUCCUCCCUCAAGAUCCUGGCAAAUGCCUCACCUCUUCCCAUCCUGGAGGGCCAGUUCCUGCAUCUGCUCUCUGUUGCCGACAGCAAUCCCACUGCAGAGCUGAGCUGGUUCUGGGAGUCCCCAAGCCUGAAUGCCUCUGUUAUCUCCAACACUGGAUACACGGAGCUGCCUCAAGCAUGGACUGCAGAAGGAGUGUUCACCUGCCGAGUUCAAAACCAGCUGGGCUCCCAGAAUUUUCUUCUGAAUGUCUCUGUUCACUGUGAGCUUGGGGGUACCUGGGGAAGGACUCCGUGGUAUUAGAGAUGCAAGAAGUCCCCUGCUGAGCCCUCUCCUUCCUCCCCACAGAUUCCCCACAGCUUCUCAGUCCUUUUUGCUCCUGGGAGGCUGAGGGUCUGUGCUGCAGCUGCUCUGUCUGAGCCUAGGUGGCCCCCUCCUUGUGCUGGAAGGUUGGGGGCGGAACGGUGAAGGGAAAUAGCAGCAACACCUCCUUCACAGUUACCUCGAGCGCCUCUGGGCCCUGGGCCAACAGCACCUGAGCCUCAGUGCUGGGCUAAGCCUUGGCCUCAGACUCUGCUGUGAGACCCAGAAUGUUCCAUGGAGCCCAGAGCAUCACUGUCCUGCUGCUGCCAGGUCAAGGAUCUUCAAGGGAAGAAGAGCCUCAUCCCUAGAGAGAUGGAGCAUGGAGGAGAGGCACCCAAGGCCAAGAUAGGAGUGGCUGGGGAUAAGACCCUCAGUCCUUUGACUGGUGGGAAUGUGUGGUGUGCUGUGAGGAGGCUGCUCAGGGUCUACAGAGCAAAGGGAUGCCAAGUGACUGAGUCCUGGGUGGGCAUCAGACACACUAACUGAGGGCAAAGAGGAGUGGGUGGUUGGGAGGAUGAUGUGCAUUGGGAUUGGCAUUUAAUUGAACCUCGAAUUAUCUGUAGGGAAACCAGAACCCAGGUCAGGUUCAGACGUCCUGGGAGCUGCUGGAAGAGCUGGCGGCAUGGCCCUGCUUUGUCUCUGCCUUUUCCUCAUCUUUAGGUGAGGGUAGUGGGCUCCUGGGGUGGAGGCAGACACCUGGGGUGGAGAGGGUACACCGGUUGUAUAAUCUCAGACAACCUGUGCUGGAGGACCCUGGAGUGGUUGGGAGGGCCAGGAAACUUCCACCUGUAAUCAGUUGGACCAAUGUGGGGUCUCUUCCCAACUUCUAGUCUAGCUCUUGGGUUAGAAGGAGCACCUGGAGACUAGACCCUCAUCCAUCUAUCCCAGUCACCAUUUCCAUGUUCUUCAUAGGAGUAGGGGGAUGGUCUACCUACUCCAGGUCCCAAAUAGCAAGGCUGAAAAACCCUGGGAUCUUCCCUCCGAGUGAAGACUCAGAGGAAGAAAGCAGCUAAGACAGUGGAAGGCAUGAAUGAAAUGAACCCGGUCUUGGGUUCAGAAUCAUAGGUGAGUGACAGAGACACGUCCCAUUCAGCAUUACCCGUUUGGGUCACCACCCUUAAGCCCUUCCUUACUAGCAUUCAACACUUAGCGUUCUCCACCCAAGAGUCCUACAUCUGGAGACCAGGGAAUUGUUUUCAUUUUAGUGUACUUCCUUGGAGCCUAUAAAUUAUCAAGUUCUGUCUAUCAUUCUUUCUGGAUAGAAGUCAGACUUUUCUCCUUCACCUUGUCUUAUUCAUUUGCUCACUGAAGUUUCAUCAACUCUCUCCUGGAUCCCUGAGCCCACCUCACUUUCUUGCGCCCAUGUCUUCUCAACUCAGACCACUGGGAAAAUCUUUCAGAAAUAAUUGUUGUUAAUUCCUUUCACCAUUUGGAUGGUUUAGAUGUCUCUGCUAGCUUCUUAUGUUUGGAGAAGAUACCAAAUGCUUUGGCAUGGUGUCAUGCCCUUUCCCAUCUGUUUCCUCCACUCCAUGCCUUUGCAUUGUGCUCCACCUCACUGUUCUUCGUUUUCCUAAAUGGGCCUGGCUCUGCAGUGACAAUGUCCCCUCCUCUGGAUUUGUCACUAACUAGGUCACUAGUUCUUGGCAAAUAUCAUGCUCAUUAUUCCACAUGAAAAUUAAAUAUUAUGCUUUCCCUGUGAAAACCAUGACCACCCCUUCCCAGCAAGAGGCUGUUACCCUCUCCUCUGCGUCCCUACAUCCCAGGGUACAUCCCUGUUUUGUGAGGCUCACCAUGUCAUACUUGCAAACACAGGUCUGUCCCCUGCCACCGUAGAGUCUCCCCAAGAGCAAGGGCCAGGUCUGAUACAGGCUCCUGUUGGUCUCCCUCAAUGCACCCUGUUUCCAUCUCCUCUCAUAUGUGUUGUUGUAGGAUGCCAUUGAGUCGAUUUCAACUCAUAGAGAUCCAAUGUGACAGAGUAGAACUUCCCCAUAGGGUUUUCUAUGGUGUAAUCUUUAUGGGAGCAGAGAGCCAGGUCUUUCUCCUGCAGAGCUGCUGGAUGGGUUCGAAUCUCCAGCCUUUUGGUUAGCAGCUAUGUACUUAACCAUUUUGCGACUAGAGUUGCUCCUCAUAGGUGAAGAAACACCCAUUGCCAUUGAGUUGAUUCUGACUCCUAGGAACCCUAUAGGACAGAGUGGAACUGCACCAUAGGGUUUCCAAGGAUGGCUGGUGAAUUUGAACUGCCAACCUUUUGGCUAGCAGCUGAACAUUUUUUUUUUUAAUUUUUGUUUUGCUUUAAGUGAAAGUUUACAAAUCAAGUCAGCCUCUCAUACAAAAAUUUGUAUACAUCUUGCUAUAUACUCCUAGUUGUUCUACUCCUAAUGAGACAGCACACUCCUUCCCUCCACUCUCUCUUUUCGUGUCCAUUCCACCAGCUUCUGAUCCCCUCUGCCCUCUCAGCCUCCCUCCAGACAGGAGAUGCCAACAUACUUCCAUGUGUCUACUUGAUCCAAGAAGCUCAUUCUUCACCAGCAUCAUUUUCUAUUCCAUUGUCCAGUCCAGCCCCCAUCUGAAGAGAUGGCUUUAGGAAUGUUUCCUGUGUUGGGCUAACAGAAGGUCUGGGGACCACGACCACCAGGAUCCUUCUAGUCUCAGUCAAACCAUUAAGCCUGGUCUUUUUACGAGAAUUUGGGGUCUGUAUUUUUUUAUCUCACUGCUCUCCUGCUCCCUCCUGGUUCUCUGUUGUGUUCCCUGUCAAGGCUGUCAUUGGUUGUAGCCAGGUACCAUCUGGUUCUUCUGGUCUCAGGCCGAUGUAGUCUCUGGUUUAUGUGGCCCUUUCUGUCUCUUGGGCUCAUAAUUACCUUGUGUCUUUUGUGUUCUUCCUUCUCCUUUGGUCCAGGUGGUUGAGACCUAUUUAUGUAUCUUAGAUGGCCACUUGCUAGUGUUUAAGACCACACACGCCACUCUCCAAAGUGGGAUGCAGAAUGUUUUCUUAAUAGAUUUUAUUAUGCCAAUUAAGUUAGAUGUCGCCUGAGACCAUGGUCCCCAAACCCCCACCGCUGCUAUGCUGGCCUUCGAAGCACUCAGUUUAUUCAGGAAACUUCUCUGCUUUUGGUUUAGUCCAGUUGUGCUGACCUCUCUUGUAUUGUGUGUUUCUUUCCCUUUACCUGAAGUACUUCUUAUCUACUAUCUAAUUAGUGAAUACCCCUGUCCCUUCCUCCCUCCAUCCCCUUUCUCCUAACAAUCAAAGAAUAUAUUCUUCUCUGUUUAAACUAUCUCGAUAUAAUAGUGGUCCUAUACAGCUGACUGAUUUCACUCAGCAUAAUACCUUCCAGGUUCCUCCAUGUUAUGAAAUGUUUCACAGAUUCAUCACUGUUCUUUAUCGAUGCAUAGUAUUCCAUUGUGUGAAUACGCUAUAAUUGAUUUAUCCAUUCAUCUGUUGCUGGGUGCAUUGGUUGCUUUCAUCUUUUAGCUAUUUUAAACAGUGCUGCAAUGAACAUGGGUGUACAUAUAUCUCUUCCUGUAAUGGCUCUUAUUUCUCUAGGAUAUAUUCCAAGGAGUGGGUUUGCUGGAUCCUAUGGUAGCUCUAUUUCUAGCUUUUGAAGGAAGCGCCAAAUCUAUUUCCAAAGUGAUUGUACCAUUUUAUAUUCCCACCAGCAUUGUGUAAGUGUUCCAGCCUCUCCACAACCUCUCCAGCAUUUAUUAUUCUGUGUUUUUUGCAUUAAUUUCAGCCUUGUUGGAGCGAGAUGGAAUCUCAUUGUAGUUUUAAUUUGCAUUUGUCUAAUGGCUAAUGAUCAUGGGCAUUUUCUUAUGCAUGUGUUAGCAGCCUGAAUGUCUUCCUUAGUGAAGUGCCUGUUCAUAUCUUUUGCCUAUUUUUUAAUUGGGUUUUUGUCUUUUUGUAUUUGAGUUUUUGGAGUGUCAUAUAGAUUUCAGAGAUCAGAUGCUGAUCGGAAAUGUCGUAGCUAAAAACUUUUUCCCAAUCUGUAGGUAACCUUUCUACUGUUUUGGUGAAGCCUUUGAAUGAGCAUAGGUGUUUGAUUUUUAGGAGCUCCCGGUUAUCUAGUUUUUGUUCUACAUUUUUAGUAAUGUUUUGUAUAUUGUUUAUGCCAUGUAUCAGGGCUCCUAACAUUGUUGCUAUUUUUUAUUCCAUAGUCUUUUGCAUUUUAGAUUUUAUACUUAGAUCUUUGAUCCAUUUCGAGUUCAUUUUUUGCAUGGUGUGAGGUACGGGUCUUGUUUCAUUUUUAUGCAGGUGGAUAUCCAGUUAUGCCAGCGCCAUUUGUUAAAAAGACCGUCUUUUCCCCAUUUAACUGAUUUGGGGCCUUUGUCAAAUAUCAACUGCUCAUAUGUGGAUGAAUUUACGUCUGGAUUCUCAAUUCUGUUCCAUUGGUCUAUGUAUCUGUUGUUGUACCAGUACCAGGCUGUUUUGACUACUGUGGCAGCAUAAUAGGUUCUAAAGUCAGGUAUAGUGAGGCCUCCCACUUUCUUCUUCUUUUUCAGUAGUGCUUUACUUAUCCAGGGCCUCUUUCCCUUCCAUGUGAAGUUGAUGAUUUGUUUCUCCAACUCAUUAAAAAAUGUCGUUGGACUUUGGAUUGGAAUUGCAUAAAAUCUAUAGAUCACUUUUGGUAGAAUACACAUUUUUACAAUGUUAAGUCUUCCUAUCCGUGAGCAAGGUAUGUUUUUCCACUUAUGCAGGUCUCUUGGUUUCUUGCAGAAGUGUUUUGUAAUUUUCAUUGCAUAAGUCUUUUACAUCUCUGGUAAGGUUUGUUCCUAAUUUUUUAAUCUUCUUGGGGGUACUGUAAAUGGUAAUGAUUUGGUGAUCUCCUCUUUGAUGUUCUUUUUAUUGGUGUAGAGGAAUACAACUGAUUUUUGUAUGUUUAUCUUGUAUCCUGAUACUCUCCUGAACUCUUCUAUCAGUUUCAGUAGUUUUCUUGGGGAUUCCUUCCGGUUUUCUGUGUAUAAGAUCAUGUCAUCUGCAAAUAGAGAUACUUUUACUCCUUCCUUGCUAAUCUGGAUGUCCUUUAUUUCUUUAUCUAGCCUAAUUGCUCUGGCUAGGACCUGCAGGACAAUGUUCAGUAAGAGUGGUGAUAAAGGGUAUCCUUGUCUGGUUCCCAAUCUCAAGGGAUAUGCUUUCAGACUCUCUCCAUUUACGAUAUUGUUGACUAUUGGCUUUGGACAGAAUGGCCUUUAUUAUGUUGAGGAAUUUUCCUUCUAUCCGUUUUGCUGAGAGUUUUUAUCAUGAAUGGGUGUCAAACUUUUCCAAAUGCCUUUUCUGCAUCAAUUGAUAAAAUCAUGUGAUUUUUGUGUUUAGUUUUAUUUAUGUGAUGGGAUAGAGUAAUUGUUUUUCUGAUGUUGAACCAUCCCUGCGUACCUGGUAUGAAUCCCACUUUGUCACGGUGAAUUAUUUUUUUGAUAUGUUGUUGAAUUCUAUUGGCUAGAAUUUUGUUGAGAAGUUUUGCAUCUAGGUUCAUGAAGGAUAUAUAUUUGUAAUUUUCUUUUUUUGUGGUGUCUUUACUUGGUUUUGGUAUGAGGAGCAGCCGAACUCUUAACCACUACGCCACUGGGGCCUCUUCUCAUAGGUACAUGCGUAUAUUUAAUUCAUCUCAGGUCAAUUACAUCAGUCAUUAAAUCAGCAGUGAUGCAUGGUUCAUGAUAUUCUGUUAUGAUUGAGCUACUCAUGGACCUCUUCUAUUUUCUUUCUUUUUUUGUUUAUAAUAGAAGCCAUUAAUCUAAGAACGUGAAUGCUGAUAAUAGCUUACAUUUACCCGUGUGUUUUUCUUACCAACCCUCUUGCUAUCUCCAUCUUGAGUAGCCUCUAUCUUGAAUUCUGUUUAUCGUUCCUUAGCUGCUACCUCUUUUUUUUUCUCCCAACUCAUGGUAUUACACCUAAGCAGUAUAUUGAUUACAUUUGCUUAUUUUGGGACUUUCUAAAAAGGGCAUUAUGUUCAAUGUAGUCUUUUGGGACUUGAUUUUUCCACUGGAGGUUACAUUAUUAAGAUCCAUCCACAGUAUUAUAUGUAGAUAUAGUUUAUUAAUUUUUACUGCCAAAUAAAAAACAUAUCAUGUUAUUACAACACAGUUUAUUUAUCUGGUCCCAUGUUGAUGAUCAUUUAGAUUACUUCCAGCUGUGACUGUUAUGAACAUUAUUGUUUCAUUUCUCAUUGUGUUCAUAUGCAGGAGUUUCUUGGUCGUAUAUCUAAGAAUUGAAUUGCUAGAUUACAGUAAAAAUGUCCAUCUUAACAAGGUGAUGCCCAAUGGUUUUUCAAAGUUGUGGACCAAUAUACAUUCCCAGGAACUACGUCUGAGUAAUUUUGUUGAUUCACAUCCCUUCCAAUACUUGAUGUCCCCAGCCUUCUCAUUUUUGCUAAUAAAAUUAGGAUACCACAUUGAGGUUUUCACUUACACUUUCCUGAUUACUAAAUGUUUUGCAUUUAUUUAUGUAUUUUUAUGGAGUCAAGAGUACAUAAAUGUUGACCUCUUCUAUGGAAUGCCUGUUCACCGCUAUUGCCCAUUUUUUGUCUUGGUAGUUUGUCCUUUCCUUACUAAUCUGUAGGAAAGCAUUACAUAGUUUUAAUGCCAGCUUAUCUUAGCUAUGUGUAUUAAAACUUUUUUCCUGUGUGUAGCUUGUGAUUUUUCUUUUCUUAAGAUGACUUUUUUUUUUAAGAUGACUUGCCUAACCCAAGUCUUUAAUUCUGAUACAGUCACACUAGUUAAACCUCUUAUAUAGAGUGAUUUUUUGUCUUUUCAAGAAAAUAUUUCCUGCUCUAAGAUCAGAAUCAUAUUCACCUAUAUUUUAUACAGAAAUUAAAAAUUUUUUGCUUUUGACAUUUAGGUAAUUUUUUUUUUUAUUAACUUUUAUUAAGCUUCAAGUGAACGUUUACGAAUCCAAUCAGUCUGUCACAUAUAAGUUUACAUACAUCUCACUCCCUACUCCCACUUGCUCUCCCCUUCUUGAGUCAGCCCUUUCAGUCUCUCCUUUCGUGACAAUUUUGCCGGCUUCUCUCUCUCUCUAUCCUCCCAUCCCCCCUCCAGACAAGAGUUGCCAACACAAUCUCAAGUGUCCACCUGAUAUAAUUAGCUCACUCUUCAUCAACGUCUCUCUCCCACCCGCUGACCAGUCCCUUUCAUGUCUGAUCAGUUGUCUUCGGGGAUGGUUCCUGUCCUGUGCCAACAGAAGGUCUGGGAACCAUGGCUGCC